AUGGCCCGCCGCCCCCUGGGCGCCCGCCGCCGCCGCGACCGCCCUCGCCAUCGUACAGCCUCUGGACAGCUUGCCCCACCCGCAGCCGGCGGAUCUGGCCGCCCUGGCGCGGAUCCGUGCACGGAUCCGCCCGCCCCGACCACGGGGGGCGCGGGCACGACGCCCGCCGCCGCCAUCGCCGGCCCGUCCGCCCUGGGUGCGGGCGCAGGGGCUGCUGCCGCCACGGGCGCGGGUGCGGCCCCGUAUCUGCCCGCGCCGGAGCCGGUCCCGCCCCUGAUCUUUGCACCGCAGCCCGCGGCCCCACUCCUGUCGGCCGCCGCGCCCGCCCGCCACCCCGGCCUGAUCUUCGCGCCGAAGCCCGCGGCACCGCCCCUGUCCGCGCCGGCCGUGGUGCCCGGCGCAGACCCCGGCGCGCGUGUGUGGCCCCGGCCAACCGCUCCUCUCGCCGCCGACUCCUCUGCUGCCGGCGCUGCGCGCGCGUGGCCUGCCGCCGCCGCCGCGGCCCCGCCCACGCCCGCGCCCGCGACGCCCCUGCCUGGCCCCGCGACGGCCGCGCUGGCCAUGGCUUUCGGACACGGGGAUCUUGAUUGUACCACGCCGGCGCAGAGGAAUGCUCUUGGCAUGCUGCCUUAUGAUAUCGGGCUGAGAGCACCGGAGGAUAAGAAGAAGAAGAUCCAGAGUCUGACACAGGCUGCGGCUGAGUCCUUUGGACAUGUCAGUUCAUCAUCGACCUCCCGCCAGCAGAACCGAUCGUCUUCAAAGGAAGGAAAGAGAGGGUCGUCUGCAUCGGAAACAAAGGACACCGAAUGCGAUGAGAGGGAAGUUCAGUCCCCGCUGAAACGGAACGAGCCAGAAAUGGAGGUCGGGAAGGAGAAGAUGUCUGACCACACUAGUCAGAAUCUGUUCAGCAGCAAGGAGGCAGAAAACAACCGUAAGAUCUACAUUAAGAAACGUAAAGCCAAAGGACAAAAUGUGGGCGUCACACCCACUGACCCUGUGGCUUUUACGACAGAUGGGCCGACUCUAGUCCCGGCCGGCACAGUUCAGGCACGACUCUCAGAACUUGCAGGAACCAUAGAUGGGGGAGGGAAGAACUCGAAGGAGCUCCCGAAGAAGCUAAGAGUUUCAACUAAUGCAAAAUCGGCGGCGGCUGCGGAUGGCAGUCCCCGCCGGACACAAUGA